AUGUCCACCAAUCUCAUCCACUUCCGGCCAGCCCUCACCGCCCCGUGCGCCUCCGCGAACCGGAAGCCCGAGCCGGCCCGCACCUCCAAGUGGUGGAGCCCUCUCUUCGGCUGGUCCGCCGAACCGGACUACAUUGACUCCAACAACUCCAAAUCCUCCUCCGAGCCGGCCGAGGACGGACCGGAGUCCAAACAGCGGCGAUCUCGGUUCGCGCCGGGCUGCUUCACGGAGGAGAAGGCCAAGCAGCUCCGGCUCAAGACCAUCGAAACGGAGACGUUUCACGACGCCAUGUACCACUCAUCGAUCGCCACCAGACUCGCCUCCGAUUUCAAGAACCGGUCCGAUCUCUGA